UCGCUUCUUCAGGCUCUCGCAGCGAGGCGAAAACUACGCAGAAAAACGGCCGAGUGGACAUGAGAGCAACACCCGGGGAGAAUGCUGAGAUCCACCGGCUUCUUCCGAGGGAUUGACUGCCCGUUUUACACGGAAUACAGCGAGGGCAACGGCGGCAAAAAUGGGUGUAACAGACCGUACUGUCACUUCAGGCACAGCCAACAGAGACGGGCUUCCUACGGAGCACCGGCAGACGUUAAAAAACAAAAAGAGCUUCACCCUGCACAGAAAGAACAAGGCUAUGAUCCCUUCAACCCUGAAGUUGUGAGGCCCCAGGAGCAGCAGAAUGGAAAGUCGGCUGCCUCUGGAGACUUCAGUGGUGCUCUGGAGCUGGUCAACAAGGCCAUCGAGGAGGUCCGCGGCGAGGUGGAGAGGGAGAAGAGGAAGCUCUCUCGGAUUGGGGAUGAACCUUACGAACCCAGCGAGAGUGCAAAGUUUCCUUCAUCUGAUGUUGUUAAAAGUAAAACGCCACCUUCACACAUGGCUUACGACCCUGGGAGUUAUCAGAUGACAUCAGGAGGUUAUGAUCCCACCCCGAGCUGCAGCAAGUAUACUCUAGAUUCAGACAACCAGGGGAAUUACAGUAACUCCAUGGAAUAUGUUCCUACUUCAGUGAGAAAGCCUCCGUCUCGGACACACACACACAAACUCCCCUCUCCUCCUCCCAGUCCAAAGUACUCAAACAGCACAUCCUCCUCUAAGUGUAAAUACACGUUGGACAAUUUAAAACCAUCUACAGACAUGGAGUAUGACCCGCUGUCAAAUUACUCGUCAGGAAUUGCAGCGAAAAGCAAAACAGACCGGGGUGCACAAGCUGUUAAGAUGGAGCAGAAAAAGACACACAAACAACCAGGAUCAGUUGAGGAGUAUGUUGUUGGUGUGAAGAAGCCACAGCAGCAGAGUGUAGACUCAAAAAAGUACACAUUCUCUGACUCUGAUGGGGAGAGCUCUGGAACAGAGUAUCGACCCAUGUCGCUCAGCAAUCUCCAGCAGAGAAAAGGCAACAGUGGGUCACUUUGGGAUGCUGUUAUGGGGAAGGAGAGGAAAGAGAGAACUCAAAGUACGUUAAAUGCACUGACACAGAGGAAUAAAGAGGACUUGGCAGGGAACUCAGACGUCCAGGAAGACAUUCAACAAAAGGACAGUUUAGAGAAAAAGAAGGUGGUGAGUCAAACUAGUCACGAGAAAAGGAAUAAAUCUGAAAAGGUGUAUAAACUUGAAAAGGAAUCAAACAAAACAACUGGUAGUAAGAGUAGCAGCAGUAAAGACAAAGGAUCAAUAAAGAACUCAAACCAGGACUCUGCAAAGAAGGAGAACAAGAGUCACGGAAAAAGAGACGAUAGAAAAAACACAGUUAAGCUUAAGACAGCUGAUAAAGUUCAGAAGGAAGGCAAAGACGAAAAGAGAAGUGACGGUAAGAUCAAAGCUGUGGAAAAAGUAAAAACUGACCCCAAAAAACGGGAUAGAGAUACAGAAAAUGGUGCAAGGGAGAGCAAGAAACCCAAGUUAUCAGAGAAGGAAAAGGAACACAGCAAGUAUAAAGACCGCCAACACAAAAAUGGUAAACUUGAUAGCAGUAAAAGAGAAAAGGAUGCAAAGAAAAUUAGUAAAAGCAGCUCUAGUGGCGGGAGCAGCUGUAAUAGCAACAGUAAAGGGAGUUCUGCAAACAGUAAAGAUAAAGUGAAGCAAAACAUCAGCUCAUCAAAUGGGAAAAGAGUUGAGGCGAAACGGCGAAGUCUGAGUUUAAGCCACGCUGAUCUGUUUGGAGACGAGAGCCCAGACGAGGUUGAAACAAUUGUCGUGGAUGAUGACGACAGCGACGACUCCGAUGAAGUGCUGGUGAGGAAAUCUGCCGAUGCUUUAAAGAGGGGACGUCUGAACAAGAGGAAAGCGUCAGAGCUGACUCCGUCUUCCUCCGACGAUGAGGGUGGUGGUGCAGGUAAAGAGGACUUUGACGAAGUUGAAAUCGACCUGUCUAGUUUCCAGGAUGAUCUGGACUUCGACUCAGAUCCCAUGGAGGAGUGUUUGCGGAUCUUCAAUGAAUCCAAGGAAGUAAAGACAGAAGACAAGGGAAGGCAGGCGAAACAGCCCCCAAAAGAUUCAGAGGAGGAGAGAAGCACAGAUAACACUUUAACCACUCUCUUUCCCGGUCAAAAGAAGAGAGUGUCCCAUUUUGUUGCCAAAGGAAAUACUGACGCAGCUCCUGCGCCUGUGAUGCGGCCGUACAAGAGGCCCUCAGCCCAGGAGGUCUGCUACCAGCGUAUGCAGUUGGCGCAGCAGCAAGCUGCUCAGCUUUCCGCUUCAGUCAAAGCCGUGUCGCAGAGCUCCAGCCCCGGCUUUUCUGGAGAGAGGAAGAGAAUAGCUCACCGUCCUAAUCCACCAACAACAUCCUCUAAAACAAGUCCUGCAGAUGUAAAACCAGCUGCCAGUCGAGUGUUGUCCCCCAGCCAGACCCAUCAGACUGUCAGGGCCCAAACCACCGCCGGCAUCCUGUCCAAGACUGUGUCCACUGUCUCACAAAAGAGAGUGGCACACACACCCACCAUGAAGAGUAGUUCAAUGAAGCGCCCCGUCAUCCCCAUCGAGUUUGGGGCCAAAGUUCCCAACAACGUCCGGCAGCGAUACCUCAACACUUUCAUAGAUGAAUGUGUCAAAUUUUGCCCAUCAAAGAGCAUUGCUUUCCAGAUGGCUCUUGAUGAGGAGAAGCUGGUGUACGACCGCAGUAGCAGCAAGAACAUCUACCUCAACGUAGCUGUCAACGCCCUGAAGAAGCUCCGCAGCAAGAGCAGCUCCGGUCCACCGCCUGUCCCCAAGGACGCAGGCUCAGUUGGUUACAGGAGGGCUCAGUCCCACGAAGAAGUUCUGGGAGGUCGUCUUGCUGCUACAACCAGCUUCACUGUCAACAGGAGUGGUAAACAGCAGGAGGAGAGACUCACUGGAGCUACACUGUACAGGAAGCUGAAGGCGUACCUGAUGACGGACGAGCAGCUCCAGGAGCACGGAUACCCGAGAACAAACCCUGAGGCUCCAGGCAAAGCCGUCAUUCACAACCUCCCAGAGAAAAAGACCAUCACAGACCCCUUCGCUAAGAUAUGCUGCCGAUGUGGAGCGGAGUAUAAGAUCAAUGCCAAUGGCAACUGUGUACGGAAAGAGGAAUGUAGCUUCCACUGGGGACGAUUGCGCAGACACAAAGUCGCUGGAGGCUGGGAGACCAACUACAACUGCUGCGCUGCGGCUGUCGGCGCUCCAGGUUGCCAAGUUUCCAAGCAACAUGUUCAGGACGGGCGCAAAGAGUCAUUAGAUGGCUACGUCACAACGUUCAGUAAAGCUUUACCACCAGACGGCAACGGAGGUGUGUUUGCUUUGGACUGUGAGAUGUGUUACACAAGGCAGGGCCUGGAGCUGACGAGGGUGACGGUCAUCGACUCGGAGUUGAAAGUCAUCUACGAUACAUUUGUCAAACCUGAAAGCAAAUUGGUCGAUUAUAACACGCGAUUUUCAGGUGUGACGGAAGAGGACCUGGAAAACGUCACCAUCACUCUGAGAGAUGUUCAGGCGGUGCUGCUCAGCAUGUUCAGUGCUGAAUCCAUCCUCAUAGGACACAGUCUGGAGAGCGACCUGCUCGCUCUGAAGCUAAUCCACAGUUCAGUCGUAGACACGGCCAUCGUGUUCCCCCACCGCCUCGGCUUGCCCUACAAACGUGCCUUGAGGAACCUGAUGGCCGACCACCUCAAACGCAUCAUCCAGGACAACGUGGAAGGCCACGACUCGAGUGAAGAUGCGUCCGCCUGCAUGGAGCUGAUGAUGUGGAAGAUCAGGGAGGACGCAAAGGUCAAAAGAUGACCUCUGACCCUUCUGCUCCACUUUCCUCAAUUCAACUUGAUGUUGGUGUCAGGGAGACAGAAGUUCAGGAGGCCCGCAGCCGUUCUCAGAGAGGUUAGGUCAGAGUGUCGGAGGGAAGCUUCAGCACAGCUUCACUGUACUGAAUAAAGAACUGCCAGUCCCUACAAAGCAAUAGGAGCCCAAAUUAACAGUGUUUUCUUUUGCUUAUUGGUAUUUCAGUUCUAAAUAAUGUUAGUUUCUGUUUUUUGAGCAGUGUCUAUUUUAAGGCCUCAAACAAUUACUGAAUAAACACUUUCUAUAGAAGAACUUCUUAAAGCACCGGGGCAUUGUCUGCUGAACGAUGAUGAUUAAUAUGAUAUUCAUGCCAGGCUGUGUCUUCAGCCUAAAUUGCACUAUAGAAACGCUCUUGUUGUACAGGGCCCAAGUCUGAGUACCUCAUGUGUGUUAUAAAACCAUUCACUUCUAAUGAAUAACACGUUACCUGUCCUUAGUCACACUCAAGUGCAUUCAUGUCUUCGAACAUUGCUGUGUAAAAUGCACUCGUUUUUUUCCACUUUGCACCUCGUUUCUUUCUCGUCACUGAUCUGUUUAUCGAGUUAAUUUUGUCAGUUGGCUCUCGAAAACCUGACUAAUCCUAUAAUACUUGAUCAAGAGCAGAAAUGUUAAGUCUCUGCCUAAAAUACCUUUUGAUGGAAUAUAUAUCACUGUAUUUUAUAGCUCAGAUGAUAGUGAUACUUUAUUCACCAGUGUCUCUGUGUCAUGUGCACUGCAUGGAAUGAAACCACAGGAAUUGUUCUGAUUCCAGGUAGGACAUGUUACUCCUCCGUAAAGAAAAAAUUAGGUUCAGUGAUGUUGAAUUGGGUUAUUAAUUACACACAGUUAUCAUUUUGUGAGUACCAGCUAACCUGUGCUGUUUUAUGUUGACUGAAAAAAAUACUCGAUUGCUGUAAAUUCGCUACGUUUCCUUUUGUAUUUGUUAUUUUUGGUUGUUUAUCUUUUUCUAUUAAAAGGUAUUAGUUAAAAGAAGAUGUUGCUCUGUCUUUAAAUUUACAAAUACAUGGAUUUACUCAACCGCCGUACAGGUUUUUAAAAAAAUACAUUUG